UUGUUGGGCGCUGGGAAGGGGUGUGAGGACCAGCUGCACUGGUAGAUGCCAUCAUCUCCGGGUGUCACCCCCUGGAUCUGCAGCUCGUGGCCGUACAGGACCUGGAUGCGCUCGGUAGAAGGAACCGGUGAAGUCCCGCCAUCAACGUUGACUUUCCUCCACAUGAGUGUCACCAUGGUCAGAUUACUGACCGGGUGGCACGAGGGGAUGAUGAUGUUCGAUCCCGGUGCGGCGGUCAACACCGUGUCUUUGGAGCCGAUCCCUGAAACUGCUGCUUUACAAGAAGAAGAAGAAGAAGAAGAAGAAGAAGAAGAAGAAGAAGAAGAAGCUGAGUGAGGAAACUUUGGUUUUCACUCUCACCUGGUUGUGAUGUCCAACUCACCUGAGGCAGAUAAACACAGGAGAAGAAGCACUAAUGUCCCCAGUGUCUCCAUGAUGUCUCCUCCACCUCCACCUGUCUGUCUCCACCCUUCUACCUCUCUGACUGUCUGCUUCACCUCCACCUGUCUGUCUCCCCGCCCUGUCCACCUGUCUUCUCUACCUCUACCUCUCUGACUGUAUACCUGUCUCCUCCACCUGUCUGACUGACUGACCACCUGUCCGUCUCCUCCACCUCCACCUGUCUGACUGUCUGCUCCACCUCCCCCUGUCUGACUGUCUCAUGCACCUCCAACUCUCCCUCUCUGUCUGUCUCCGCCCACUCCACCUCUCUGUCUGUCCACCUGUCUCCUCGACCUGUCUUUUCCUCCACCUGUGUGUCUCCUCCACCUCCACCUGUCUGACUGUCCCUGACACACCGUCACCUCGGUCUCUAACCACCAUCUGAUGGAGUCGCUUUGUUUACCUUAACACGCUAAUCCGGAAACUCCUGCACGGAACAAGCCACACCCACACACCUCACCUUCUUAAAGUUGCUGUAUCUUGUGUCGGUCCCUGAACGCAUCACUCUGGUUCUUCACCCCUCAGCAGCAGCGUCUGUCAGCGGACUAGGAGUGAGACAUGCCGGUGGAUCUGAGCCAGUGGAGCGGUCCUCUUGCUCUGCAGGAGGUGGAGGAGCAGCCCGCCCGGCCCCUGACGGUGAAAUACGGAUCCGUGGAGGUGGACGAGCUCGGCAAAGUGCUGACACCGACCCAGGUGCAGAACCGACCCACCUGCCUCGAGUGGGAAGGAUGUGACCCGGGGAAGAUGUACACUCUGGCCCUGACCGACCCGGACGCCCCCAGCAGGAAGGAGCCCAAGUUCAGGGAGUGGCAUCACUUCCUGGUGGUCAACAUGAAGGGCAACGACGUGUCCUCUGGCUGCGUCAUGUCCGACUACGUGGGCUCUGGACCUCCCAAAGGCACAGGUCUCCACAGGUACGUGUGGCUGGUGUACGAGCAGCCCGGCAGCAUCUCCUGCUCCGAGGACGUUCUCACCAACCGCUGCGGAGACGGCCGCGGGAAGUUCAAGCUCCAGAGCUUCAGGCAGAAGUACGAGCUGGGAGCCCCGGUGGCGGGGACCUGCUACCAGGCGGAGUGGGACGAGUACGUCCCCAAGCUGUACGAGCAGCUGGCUGGAAAAUAAGAGAAUUGAAAAAGACUCAGCCUGCACUAGGAGUUCCUGUGGAGGAGGACGGUCUGCAGGAAGCUCCCGUUCUCACAAGUGGCAAAAAAGAACAACCAUUAACAGUAUUAUGCUUUUUGUUAGUGCCACUGAAUCAUAUUGUUUUCCCACUGUUGCCUUCCCACGCUGUGACAGAAAUACCAGUGAUGUCACCUGAUCGUCUGCAAUAAACCAGUUCAGCACUGA